AUAAAGGGAUUAUAACUUUGAACAUAAUAUUACAGUGCUUUGAGCAUACUAUAGAGAGUGAUUCUUAGCUGACUGAUAGAGUCUGUGUAUCAUGCCUACUGCAGCUUUAGUCAAGCAGGUCCUUUCACUAGCUACUUUUGUGACACUUCUAUUGUCACUGGUAGUUGCUGGUACUUCUCUUGGUCUCCUUCAGGCUAACCUUCCUACUCAAUCUGCAUAUGGGGAAGCAUGUUUUCUUUUUAUUAAUUAUCCUCAAGCUGUUUCAAUCAUUCAGUCAGCCUUUGUGAACCCAAUACUAGUAGAUUUCAACUUUAAUUCAUCCACUUGUAAGUUGAGUAUAGCAAGUGCUUUCAUUGCUACAAUAUGCCUGGCUCUGCUAACUGCCUUUCAGCUAUGCAGUGUUUCAUUUCAAAUAAAUGUCAAAACGUUGAUUGCUAACAUUAUUCAAGUUGGAUUCUUUGUUGGUUCUAUUUUGUUCCUAUUCAUUUCCAUGGUUGUGGUUUCAGCUGGUUGGAGAAAGACUUGUGAUACAUUCAAAAUUAUAACACAACAACCACAGUAUCAUGACGUGGUCUUUAAAUGCAAUGGAGAACAGCCAAAUUAUGGUUUAUCAUAUCGACCAAAUGGUGGAGAAUUUAUAGGAGCUGCUGUAUGUGCUGCUCUUGGUAUUCUGUUCACUAUUGUAGCUCUUGUUCUCUUUAUUGUGAAGCAGAUCAAGUCAAAAGAUGAUUAUAAACAUGUUGUUAAAAUGAAUGAAGAACAACUCAACUAGCUAUAAUGUACAUUGCAUUAUAGAUGUUGUAGUUUUUUUGAUUAAUAAUUUGUAGCAUGUUAUCAUUUAUUAUAGUUCAAAAAUACUAAGAGCAUGUUUAGCUAA